AUGCAGUUACUAAUUUACACGCCGUCAAGGAUUAAGGAGAAUGGUGCUGCCAGUGGCGGUAAUGGCGAUGUGGAAGGGAAAAAUGUGGAAUCAGCUGGUGGUGACCCACGGAGGAUUACCCCUCCGAAGAAGAGAUUCAGGGAGGGCGCAGGGUCAUCCAGCAAAUCAAAGCAGAAGAAGGCUGAUGAUCAGCCACAACAGGGAGUACUCUAUAAAUGCAGUCUUUGUCCCGCUCUGUUGGACAGAAGUAAAAGCUUAUUCGGGCACAUUAAAACUCACAAGGACCCGAAUUGGCGUGGGGCAUAUCCGCUGCCUGUCUCUACUCGACAACAAAUAGACUCUGACAUGGCGAAAGAAGAAGAAGAUGCUGCAGACCAAAGAAGGGAUGAAGGGGUACCGACUGUGGUCGAGACUACACCGGAUCUAAAUGUGUCGGCACCUGAAGACGGAGUAGCCAUUGUCUCCACUCACUCUCCAGAGAUAAUGGAUGGAAAAGAAUUUGACCUCAAUAGGUCACCUUCACCAGACUCCUGA